GCCCAGCGCGCCGCAGCUUCCAGAGCGACUGCAGCGGCCUUCUGGAGAGGAGCCUCCAGGAGCUUGGGAACAGCCUGUCCGUGGAGGUGAACCCGGAUUCGCCAGCUACCAGCAGCACUCGCCCAAAGCCUGGCACAGGUGCUGCCCUGCUGGGCUCUCCGAAUCCGCUCCCACCCCAAAGUAGAGUGUUUGUGAACAUGGUCAAGACGACCGUGGAUCAUUUCCAGGAAGUCGCGGCAACCUCGAGGAGCCUUUCAGCAGCAGGCUACCGGCCCGUCCCACAUGUGCCAGUGUCUCGCAUCUCCACCAUGGAUGAGUUUCAGCAGAUACUGGAGAUGCUAAGACAAGCUGGUGCGACGGAGAUGCUUUUGAUCGGUGGCAACGACAUACGCGAGCGGCAGGAGCGAGGCGAGCUGUUAUACAGUAGUGUCGCCGAGCUUCUCCAGGCAGAGGGUCCUCGCCUGCAUGCUGCGGGCAUCCGCCUUAUAGCUCUGACUGGGCUGCUGGAUAGCCCCACGUGGCGAGGAUGGAACGAGGAGGUCGCCAGCAAGGUGCUCUUGGAAAAGGUGCGCCUUGGCUUGGAAGCCGGCCUUGAUGUUGAGGUGGUGUCGCAGUUUUGCUUCAACCCAUCCAAGCUGUUGCGCUGGCUGACGCGAAUGAACUCUGCCAUGGAG